UGUUAGUAGUCCUAGUAGGUUAUUUAUGCCAAACCAAUAUGAUUUGUAGGUUGCUGUUUGAUGCUGUGUGGCUGUAUGGCUCAACAUGGCUCAGCUAGUCAUUUUUAUUUUCAUGCUCAUGAUACCCGCUGUUUCAGGAAGACACUUUUUUAGUGAAAAGCCAAGUUGCUACCAGCCAGUGCCCAGGAAACACAACUUUGGGGUGAAAACUGCAGUUCGUCCUCAUGAACUCCUGAACCUCGCUCAGCUGCCAAAGUCCUGGGACUGGAGGAACAUAAAUGGCAUCAACUAUGCCAGUGUAACUCGUAACCAGCACAUCCCUCAGUAUUGUGGCUCUUGCUGGGCUCAUGGCAGCACCAGUGCAAUGGCAGACCGUAUUAACAUCAAGAGGAAAGGAGUGUGGCCAUCUGCUCAUCUGUCCGUCCAACAUGUGAUUGACUGUGCUGAGUGUGGCACCUGUAAAGGAGGGGACCAUGGAGGGGUGUGGGCCUAUGCCUACAAACAUGGCAUCCCUGAUGAGACCUGCAACAACUACCAGGCAAUUGACCAGAAAUGCAAACCAUUCAAUGCAUGUGGGACUUGCACAACUUUUGGGAAGUGCAACAAUGUGCAGAACUACACUCUGUGGAAGGUUGCUGACUUUGGAGCCAUUAGUGGAAGGGAUAACAUGAUGGCAGAAAUCUACACUCGAGGACCAAUCAGCUGUGGAAUCAUGGCCACAGAGAAACUUGAUGCAUACACGGGGGGUCUGUACUUCGAGCAUGUCGAGACUCCUGUCAUCAACCACAUUGUGUCGGUGGUGGGCUGGGGAGUAGAAAAUGGCACUGAGUACUGGAUUGUGCGUAACUCCUGGGGAGAGCCAUGGGGUGAGAAGGGCUGGUUCAGGAUUGUGACAAGCACUUACAAAGGAGGAAGUGGAAGCAAGUACAACCUUGCUUUGGAGGAAGACUGCAUGUAUGGAGAUGUUAUUGUACCCUCAACCUACCAAUAGUCAUAGUUGGAUUUGUUCAAGCCAGUGAAAUACAUUGGUUUGUGCAAAAUUCAACUUUUGACUUGUGAAUUUGUUCUGUCUGACUCUGAACUGGCAGAAACUAAAAUACAGACCAUUAUCAAUUAGCUCAUUGUUCUCUGGUAAAAUAAAGCUGGAAUGCAAAAGACUCUGCAUUGUAUGCAGCUGAGUAUCAUCUUGUAAUUGAAGCUACAACAAAGUCAUCUUUCAUGGUAAAAGAGCUCUUUUAAAGAAGUAGCUGACUCAAAUAAAAAGGUCAUCCCCUUA